UGCACCCAGAAGCACAGCACAACCGGUCCUCAGCAUCCACAUCCGAACCGGUUAUACGCCUCCAGCCUGAAAAAAGAGGGACGAGUCCUGGCGAGCGCCCGCAAGAAGCGCUCCCCUUCCUGGCUGCUCAGAACGAGUCGGCGCUUCCCUUCGACUGGGUUCUGCCUCGGCUACUUGUGAUCUCGAGUUGUGUUGUGUGCUGCUUGGCACUCGAGUGUGAAUACUUGACGGAUAGAUAUUUUUUUUUAUAAUUCCAAUAUAAAACCCGCAUGAUCGAUCUCAGACAAGUAACACGUGAACAAACAUGGUGUGAUACCUGGAAGUGAACAGUAGAUUGUUGGUCGAAAGCCUCCCAGUUAACACGGCAGCGAAAGGGCGUUCUCACGGCAAAAGCGAGGCAGUCGAUGCCCCUUGCGAGCGCCCGCCGAUGACCUAGGGUGACACCGGCACACUUAACCGAGGGAACGACCGCCGCCGCCCGCGCACCGAUGACAAUGCUGGACCUCAAGACUUCGACCCCCGAUUAUCUGCCGAGGACGGGCCCGCUGUCCAACUUUUCCAUGCUCUUCACCGAUCCGAGUUACAAGUCAGCGUGGGGUUCGCCUGCCUCUCCAGCCUCCCAGACCCAAGGGUACCCUCACAACACACUCGGAAUGACUAAGUCUUCCCUGGAUGCACACAGCCCUCACCUCCGCCAGCCAGAUCCCUACCAGAUGUUCGGUCCGACCAGCAGCCGCCUGGCCAGCUCAGGUUCGGGACAGAUCCAGCUCUGGCAGUUCCUCCUGGAGCUCCUGUCCGAUUCCUCGAACGCCAACUGCAUCACCUGGGAGGGCACGAACGGCGAGUUCAAACUCACGGAUCCGGACGAGGUUGCCAGGCGAUGGGGCGAGAGGAAGUCAAAACCGAACAUGAACUACGACAAGCUGUCCCGAGCACUCAGGACGCAACACAGCGCAUCAACCCUCUCCACCAGGCCCUUGCCUCCUUCGCCAGCGAGCAUAUUCCCUUCGCCGACGUCGUACUGGACCAACCCCGGCGCGAACCUCUACUCCAACAUCGCCGCUGCUUCGGGACAUUCCAUGACGCACCACCCAUCCCACAUGACGUCACACAUCUGUCUUCCAGCCUAUCCGCAUUACGCAUGACAGUCUCUCUUCUCCAAUUGGUGCACGCAACAGUCACGUGACUCCGUCUCGCUUCCUGAUUGGUCCUCCACCUUUCAGCAGGUAACCAGUUUGGAGGAUCAGUGAACAAAAUCCAUCAGUGAGCAAAAUCUUAAAGUGUUAGAUUAUAUGUAACUCACUGAUGAAUAAGAACUUGUGGAGACGAACAUGCUAAAGUAAUGCAACAACCAAAACUGUAAAUGUCCAAAGACUAAAUAUUUCCAUGUGACAAGACACCAGCGCCAUGCAAAGUGCGUGGCGCCGCUGCCGCGCCAGUCCCUUCUUGGUUCGCGGCGUCCUGUCGGCAGGGAGCGCGGGCAGGUGUCCCGCUGCGGCGUGGAGGCCGCCCUUCGCCGCGGAGGGCGAGAGCCACAGGGCGGUCGCCUCGCGCAUAUCACCCGAGCCGCCCGCGACCAGAGGGUAGGCUCGGGCCCUGACGGUGGCGCGGAGACCUCGGAGUGAACAGGAACAGACUCACGCGAGGCAAAACAGAACCAAAGAAUUGCAUUCCGCGGGCUGCUGUGAUGACCCCUGCAGGAUCCUGUGGGAAGUAAGCUUAGCUGCAGCUCCGUGCCAGUUUACUCGUCUAGUCCCGCCCUCUAGUCUCACGUGGGCAAAUAUCAUCCCACUUCAUAAGUGAUAUCCAUUGUAUAUGUAGUCGUGAUCUAGUCAAGUUACCCUUGGUGUAUGUUGGCCCGGCAGCCAUUUCGCGUGAACUGGUCAGGUGCCGACAGCAGGAACUGUUGCGGCUCGAAGUGACUUCUUCGGGCCCUCCGGCCGCCUGCGGACGCCCUCAAGAGAGGAAGACGUCAUGGUGUGUGUGACCUGACCGAUAAUCUUGUCGUGGCGGCACUCCUGCGCCGCGCUCUCGGGCCUUCGUCGGGGCCGGGACGGAGCGCGAAGUCUUCGGGCGAAAGAGCGCCUGCGUAGAGCGCUCGCCGUCCCCGCCAGGCCCCGGCCGGCCGGCGCGGGAGGGCUGGCCAGAACCCGGGUCCGAGGACGAGCCAGUCAGUCCGCGCCGCCCGACUUCAGAGACCCUCGUCGUAGCCGCCGACUCCUGUCGGCUGCAAGAGGAAGAGUCGGGCCCAGUAUCUUAGAAAUGUUUUUUAAUCUUCCAGUACUUAAAGGGGGAGCCUUCUCCGGGCGCCUCCUCGAGCAAGUUGUAAAUAUGUGUAAAUAAUGAAUUGAUAAUGACUAGGUGUAGAAGUUCGGACCCCGUUAUUGUGAUGAAUUAUACCAUUGUCGGCUUUGUUUACACUGUACCUGUGACGUCACGCCGCCACAUUCGAGACCUGACUCGGAUGUGCUGUACCUAACCUCCUGUAAAUCGUCCCUGAAUAUUGUUUUUCCUUUCUAGUCUGUGAAACCUUUUCUGUAAAUCUGAAGAAUUAAAGAGAGAAAAAUAGGAAAUCUGUUCAGAACCAACAUGCCCGAAAAUGCUUAUA